GACCUCACCUCACUGGAGCUUCUCCUCUUCUCCUCGGCUCUCUGAUUGGCUGAGCCGCCUCCGUCGUCGUCAUCGUCGUCGUCGUCAUCGCCGUCGCCGCGGUCGCCGUCGCCAUGGAGCCCAAGAGCGAGGAGGUGGAGGUGGAGCCCCAGCUGGUGUCCCACCCGCGGGCGAAGAGCAAGGUGUGGAAGUACUUCGGCUUCGACAUGGAGGAGGACGAGGUGGGCAAGAGGGCGCACUGCCGCCUGUGCCUGCUGCAGAUCGGCUACUCGGGCAACACCACCAACCUCUACGCCCACCUGCAGCGCCACCACGCCGACGCCUUCCUGGAGUUCGAGAAGAGCACCGGCGACUCGCCCCACAACAACCAGGCGUCGUCGUCGUCGUCUCAGACGUCGUCGUCAUCGGCGACGUCGCAUCAGCACCAGCACCAGCAUCAGCACCAGCAUCAGCAUCAGCGCCCUCUACAGGCGGCGUGCACGCGUCAGAACUCCCAGGAGGCCGUGCGGCGGCAGACGGAGGUGACGGCGGCGGUGCUGGGCUUCCUGUGCGAGGGCCUGCACCCGCUGGCGACGGCCGACGAGCCCUUCUUCCAGGCGCUGCUGCGGACGCUCGAGCCUCGCUACUCGCCGCCGACCUUCGCCGAGCUCGUCGCCCACGCGCUCCCCCAGCGGCACCAGCAGGUGCGGGCGGCCGUGGCGGCCGAGCUGGCCGGGCUCAGCUGCUGCGGCGUGUCGGCCGACCAGUGGCGCAGCGAGACGCACGGACGCUCCUACGUCACGCUCUACGCCCACCAGCUCUCCAUGGCGACGACGACAACGACAACGACGACGACGAUGACGACGCCGACGGGACUCCGGGCGCUCAGCCGCUGCCUGAAGACGUUCGAGGUCCCCGCGGACAGUCCGGCGGAGGGCAUCACGCGGGCGCUCUACGAGGUGUUCAUGGAGUGGGGCGUGACCGGGCGCGUCUGCGGCGCCACGAUCGCCGGAGGCUCGCCGGACGUCCGCAAGGCGUGCGGCCAGCUGGAGCUGCCCGUGCUGGUGCCGUGCUUCGCCGAUCAGCUGACCCGCGGCGUGGGCUCGGCCUUCCUGCUGCCCGGCGUCCAGGCGCUGCUCGCCCGCUGCCGCCGACUGGUCGACUACUUCCAGCAGUCGGUGGUGGCGUCGUACAUGCUGCAGGAGCGGACCAAGCAGCAGCAGAGCCGCUCGGCGACGACGACGACGACGACAGCAACGGCGGCGUCGGAGGACGUCGGAGGGGUGGCGGUGGUGGCGUUGGUCGGGGAGCGGCCUGGGUGCUGGUCGUCCACGCUCGCCAUGCUGCAGCGUCUCCGCGAGAACCAGCUGGCGGUCACCUCGGUGCUCCUGGACGACGCCAACAACCAGACGCUGUUGCUAGGCGCCGCGGAAUGGACGCUGCUGGACGGGCUCCUGCGGCUACUGCAGGGGCUCCGGGCGGCGGCGGACAUGUUCUGUCGCGGCGGCGGCGGCGGCGGCGUCGGUGGCGUCGUGGGUGGCAUGGUGGGCAGUGCCCGCCCCUCCAUCAGCAUGCUGAAGCCCGUGCUGCACAUGCUGCAGAGCACGGCCCUGCGGACGUGCGAGGGAGACCCCGCGGAGCUGCGGGACGCCCGGCGGGCGGUGGCCGGGGCGCUGGACGAUGCGUACGCUCGGCCCUCCGAGCUGGACACCUUCCUGAAGGUGGCGAGCUUCCUGGACCCGCGCUACAAGCGGCUGCCCUUCCUGUCGCCGUCCGAGCGCGCCCAGGUGGAGGCUCGCGUCCUGGAGGAAGCCGCCGCCCUCUACCGGAGACACAACCCCUCCUCCUCCUCGCCCAACGCCCACGGCGACGAGCCGGCCAAUAAGAAGCGAGCUCUGGACUCGACGGCGGCGUCGUCGGACGCGACGGCGGGCGCCGCCGCCAUCUCCUCCAACCCGCUGGCGGUCAUCUUCUGCCAGUCGGGCGCGGCCGACUCCCAGGAGGAGUUCCAGGCCCAGGCGGAGGAGGAGCUCAGCAACUUCAAGGCGCAGAAGGUUCUGGGGCUGAACGAGGACCCGCUGCGCUGGUGGUCGGACCGGACCCUGCUGUUCCCCAUGCUGCCGCGGGUUCUGCAGAAGUACUGGUGCGUCCCGGCCACCAGCGCCCCGGCGCACCGCCUCUUCGGACCCGCCGGGAGCGCGCUGUGGGGGAAGAGGAACCGGCUGGACCCGGAGCACGUGGACCAGCAGGUGUUCCUCUACGAGAACACCAGAACCUACUAUGAGCCGGAGCUGUCGUGCGUCGACAAAGACAUGACCGGAUUGGUUUAGCAGAACCACACGGGAAGUCUGAGAAGGGACCCGACCUGAUUGGCUUGGUAGGACGUCAAUCUGCACAGACAACCAAUCAGGGACCAUCAGUAAUAUUUAACUGAGACGUAUGACCGGCCAAUUAGACCACAGACUUCUAUCUGCAUGUUCAAUGUCAAAUGGGACAGAGAUACUUUGUAAAUAACUGGACUAACGUGCUCAACACCUCAGCAUGAUCUCAGCCAUGCGCUAGCCUUUAUUCAUGAAGUUUACAAAGAUACUUGGCCAAAAUAAAAUGAUCUCAGCCAGGUGUUGAGUCCUUCUGGGCAUCAAUAUAAACUUCAUGCGCUACCCUUUAUUCAUGAAGUUUACAAAGAUACUUGGUCAAAAUAAAUGAGCACAGCGCCCACCCCCCAGGGGUCAGCCGUGUAGCGUGUUCUAGUGUGUAUAUAUGACCUCUUGCCCACUUCGUCUAAGUGUGUCCUUACUGUGUGCCGUCUUGAAGUCAUAAAAUGUGUUCUAUCUUUAUUUUUCUACUUCUAUUCCAGCCUUUUCUUUCCGGUCGGGACUUUUCUGUCAGACUACUGAAGGACUUGAACGAGUGUCUUUGUAUUGUGUUUGUAUGUAGAGUUAUAUGACUAACAAACUCAUUAGUCCUAUACAAGUUCAUUGUGUGUCUCGCAUUUUUUUUUACCAAUUAAUCUGUCCUAACAAUAUCAAAUCAUUAAACUAAUGCCUGUGGUGUUGGUUUUUAAGUAUUGCUGUGGCUUGGUGUGUUUUUUUUUUAUAAAGUAACUGGACGAGGGAAGUUUGAUCGGGUUCCCACAAGGACGGGAAAGUUUGGCAGACAUGGCGUCAUCUCCAUGGAUUACUGACACACUUUAGGAAAUGGUGUCAGACUAUUUCUGCUCCCCGUCUCGGAGAAAGGGGAGCAGCGGGGAGGUGCGCUCCAAACUCGGAUGAACACGCACUCCUCAGGACGAAGGGAAGGAGCG